AUGAGAGCAGGAGACUGCAGAUCCAGCUGCACUCGUUGCACAGUAAAAGCAGGUGCAGGGGACGGAACGGCGCGCCCCUGGCGGGCGGGCGGGGGUACCGGCGGGUGACGUAGCGCCCCGUGUAAGCAGCGUCGCCGGGUUCGCGCUGUGGGUUGUGUGCAGUGCUGGUGGGUUGGAUCAACCGAAAAGGCAAGGACUGGUUUUGCUGGCUGGCUGGCAGGCAGCGGGACUGGAGUCCUCUUUGAUAAAGCUUUUCACUGUUCGCAUCUUCUCUCUUCUGGACGAGGAGGGGAGAUCAGGAAAAAAUCAAUAAAGAACGCACCAGGAGACGCGGGGUGUUUGCCGUACCGCUUUUUAAUUCCUUUAUAUUAUGAUUAUUUUUUAAAACGAGAGACCGCCGAACGUGGCUGAUAUACAAGGCUUUCGCGUUGAAGAUCCGUCGCUUUUUUCCCCCUCCCUCUCUCGAAUGGGGCUAGACGUUUAUUGCGAUAUUUUGUAGUUUGGAUUAUUAUUAUUAUUAUUAUUAUUAUUAUUAUAGCUGGGCUCUUGUGCUAAAGGUUUGUCUUGCUUGCUUGUGUUAUUGCGUGUUUGUUUUUAAACAAUAACACUGUUGACCGAUUCUUUUGUUGUUUGUUUGUUUAUAUAUACAUAUUGACUGUGUGUUCUUGUUUUUUUUUUAAACUUUGCAGUUUUAAAUGUCCCUUUUGGAAAACCAAUUGCAUUGAGUCGCGCCUUGUGAAUAUACAUAUUUUCUAUUAUAUAUAUUUUGUGCAUCUGAAAAAGUCAAACCUCUAGGCGUGCGUUGAUUCAUUUUUGCAUUUCUUUUUUUUUUCUGGGGCAUAUUUUUUUUAAUAUAUAUACAGUAUUUUAUUUCUCUAAAUACUGUAAGUGCGAGGAGGAUACGAUUUUUUUUUUCUCCGAGUGGCGCCGAGUCUUGGCGGUGCUCCUGCGUGGUAUUCGUGGCCCGUUUUGUGUCGGCGAGAGAAAGGACGGAGAGUUGUGUUUUCAUUACUGUCGUCAGACAUGGAUGAUCAAGUCAGGAUGCUAGCGGCUCUCAGCGGCUUGGGAGCCCUCUCCCAGCCCGACGGAGUCGACGUGGACUCGGUUCGCAAACAGCAACAGCUCGGGCAGCCGCAGCAAGACAUCGGAGACAUCCUACAGCAGAUUAUGGCAAUCACCGAUGAGAGCUUGGACGAGGCGCAGGCGAGGAAACACGCGUUGAACUGUCACCGGAUGAAGCCAGCUCUCUUCAGCGUGCUCUGUGAAAUCAAGGAAAAGACAGUGUUGAGUAUUCGUGGGGUGCAGGAGGAGGACCCCCCCGAUCCUCAGAUCAUGAGGCUGGACAACAUGCUGCUGGCGGAGGGGGUGUCGGGGCCGGAGAAGGGGGGAGGAUCGGCGGCCGCAGCGGCAGCUGCAGCAGCAGCAGGUGGCUCACCCAACGAUGGCAGCAUCGAGCACUCAGACUACCGGGCAAAGCUGGCACAGAUCCGGCAGAUCUACCACUCCGAGCUGGAGAAAUACGAGCAGGCGUGCAGCGAGUUCACUAACCACGUGAUGAACCUACUGCGGGAGCAGAGCCGCACCCGGCCCAUCUCCCCGAAGGAGAUCGAGCGCAUGGUGGGCAUCAUCCACCGCAAAUUCAGCUCCAUCCAGAUGCAGCUCAAGCAGAGCACCUGUGAGGCAGUCAUGAUCCUGAGGUCGCGAUUCCUCGACGCCAGACGCAAGCGGCGCAAUUUCAACAAGCAGGCGACAGAAGUUCUGAAUGAGUAUUUCUACUCGCACCUCAGCAACCCCUACCCCAGCGAGGAAGCCAAAGAAGAACUGGCCAAGAAGUGUGCCAUCACAGUGUCGCAGGUUUCUAACUGGUUCGGCAACAAGAGAAUCCGCUACAAGAAGAACAUCGGUAAGUUCCAGGAGGAGGCUAACCUGUACGCCGUUAAAACGGCCGUGGACGCAGCCAGUGUGUCGGCCCAAGCGAGCCAGGCUAACUCACCCGCGACGCCAAAUUCAGGUUCUUCUGCCUCUCAUAACUUGAACUCCAACUCUGGGGACUUGUACUUGACCAUGCACGGCCUCAAUGGGGAUACCUAUCCCAGUUCUCAGGUGACAUCUAACCUGCAGACACAGGCGGAUACCCUGCACCGUGCUACACGCCAGACGGGAGGAUAUGAGGAGAUAGCGGGGAACCCCAUGUACCCCCCGCGACGCAUAGAUUCUAACGGCAGCUGGCAGGACGUCACCACCCCUUCCUCUGUGACAUCGCCCCCUGGUGGCCCGGGGAGCGUCCACUCCGACACGUCUAACUGAGAGAUCGAAGAUAAAACUUACAAAAAAAAAAAAAAAGAAAAAAGCUGAAACAAACAAGAAAACAAACACUCGCCUUCACCAUGGACUGUUUGGACAUCUCUACACAUCCACACUCACCACAUGGGAAAAGAGACGGAGCGGAAGAGAGACAGAAUAAUACAACAACAACAACACAUACUAAACACGUCUCGCGCUACGGACUGGCGUGUGGUGGAAGGAAAGAAAGCAGAGGCUCCGGGUCAGAGCUCGAAAUAACCGCAGAGCAGAAAGAUCACGCAGCUCUUUUUUUAAAUUUUUCUUACAGCAUCGUUCCCUUAAUUUCAGUAACAUUAACAGUUUUUGGCCGUAGGGUAUAAUGUCACGGAGAGGACUGUUGUGAAUUUUGUGUCUUGGAACUUUUUUAACAACGCAAACGGCAGCAUUUCAUUUAUUAUUAUUAUUAUUAUUAUUAUUAUUAUUAUUAUUAUUAUUAUUAUUAUUAGUAUAUAUUUUUUUCAAAUCAAAUCCCUGUGGCGUAAACUCAAGCAACACAACGACCGCGUGAGGAGCGCCUGCUUCGAGCUCUGCCUCUCCUUCCCUGCCGCAGAUCAACAAAAACACAAAAUAAAAUAGAAGAUUUUAAAAACCAGGGUUAAGAUCGCUUUUACAGCUGAUCCACUCCUAAACUACACCCCUCCCCCUCCUCCUACUAUUACUACCAAAUAGAUGUCGUCUUUUCUACAAAUUGUUUUGGUUGUUGCUAUACAGUUUGUUUUUGAAUUUGAUCUUGAACUAAAUUGCCUUUGAUUCUUGUGGUAUUGUUAUUAUCGUUUUAUUGCUGUUUCAUUUUUCAACCCCUUUCCCUGCUUUGCAGAUUUAGUUAUUUUUUUACAUUUUAUCUUCUAUUUUUUUCUUACUGCUGCUCUAUAAAGAUAUUGUGUGGGGUUUGUGCCUGCGAUCAAAACCAGGGUUCAGAUUCACAUAGCAUCAGUAGUGAUGGAUGUCUAUUAUUAUUAUUAUUAUUAUUAUUAUUAUCUGGCUUUGAAAGAAUGUAGUGGCUCAAGUUUAAGCUUUUUUUUUUCUAUGAUACAAUAAAAAAAAUAAACUUACGUACAAACAAAUAUUGUGAAAUACAUUUGUUUUGUCCAAAAAAAAAAAAAUGUUUUAAAUCGUUCUGUUUGAUAAGCUGCCGAAUAAAUACUAUGCAGCUUUUAUAUAACAAAUCCUUUAUUACUGACCUCAGUUAAAGGGGUUUAGAGUUUGGGAGGGGGGAGACACAGAGAGAGGCUUCCUUAUUUACACUUUGACAAACGGAAAGGUGUUCCUGAAUCACUGGAUGUCGAACCUGGCUUUGAACACUGAAGGAUUGCUAUUCUACGCGGUCCUGCUGCACCGAGGAAACUGGGGGGGACUUGAUCAAUAACCUUGCAGCUAGCUUCAAGGGUAACAGGACACCAUGCAACAAACGCUUAGCCAAGCCCUCCCUCCCUCCCUCCCUCCCCUGCCAAACUGCAAAACCUCUGCUUGCUUGCAAAUAGUUUUCAAUAUGCUUUAAAACGAACUAACCCUGGGCGUUUUGAUUCGGAAGCACAAUCGUGUUUUGAGCAGCUUUUUUGUUUGUUUUUUCGUUUUGGUUUGCCCCCCUCCCCCAGGAACCCUAUUCUGUAUAUAGAAGCAGCUGUGUACAUGGUCCCUCAUCCCUACAGCCAGAUAUACCUCACUGUUCAGCCCUCUUUAAACCAAUAGAACACUUUUUUUUUUUUUUAGUACCUGCACUCUACCUCCCAGAAUCACUCGCUCACACACUCUCACUUUUUUCUCCAUUCUUUAAGUACCCUGGGCUGGCUGCAGCAAGGGAUAUUAUAUGCAGUGGAGGUCAGGAAACUUCCCACCAUGUGGCUCAACAAUGUUCCGCAACAAAUAGCAAGCGGUGAAGCAGCUAGAGCCACCGUGGUCGACACAGGCGCAGCUUCACAGGACUGGACACCCCUGCUUCUGUUCUCUGAAACGGGGGCUUCAGGAAUUCUGCGCUACGUUGGUCCUCUUUAAAAAUGAAACCCUGUAACCCUGUAAAGCCGACUCUGCUUGGCUUUUUUUUGACAAUUUGGGUUUAUUUGAUUCCAGAAAAGGUGUAACUUUCUUCUCCUAAACCCAGUUGACAGUGUCCCCUUGAUUCCCGUUUCCUUUCUUUCUCUGCACGUCUUUGUACAUGCAAGUCAGACCCCAGGGGUUCAGCUGCUGAUUUGUGAAUCUGUUGCUUUUGUUUUUUUUUCUUUAUGCAUUGCUUUGACUCACUGGCAGUCACUUGCAGAAACCGAAGCAAACAUUCCCCGCUAAUGGUAAACAGGCCUGGGGGUAAAAACAAAUAGCUUCAUGAUUUAUUUCCUUAUUUGUUGUCGUUCGCAAACGCAGAGCAGCGGUGUCGUUCAGUACAAGGGAGGGUUUGAGAGUUUAGAACAAGCUGGAAUAUAUUCAACCUACAACUCAACACUGCAGGCCUGUGUAGAGAAGAACGUAACGCCACUCAAAACUGAACACCAAGGAUGCAGAUUUUGACCAAGCUAUCGCGGGGGGAGGGGACCCCCCCCCCCCCCCACCUCCUGCCCCCCCACCACCUCCUGCCCCCCCCCCCCUUGGAUUGCAUCAACCACCUGUCUGUGGUUAUCCUAUGGUUACCCCAAUAGGUGGCUGAAGCAAUUCAGCAGGCAAAAGUGCUCCAAUAAAAUCCAGCUGUCAAAUCCCAUAUUGAAAGAGGUACUAUGACAAGCCUGCAGCAGUCCAUGGUUUGUUUGAGCAAGGCAGGAGAUGUACAAAGCUCUGGGCUCUCUGUAUUAUAAGGAUGAAUCUGGAGGACGCUCUGAUCUAAAACACUGGUGAAGAGAGUGGAUUUUUUUUUUUUUUUUUAAUCAUUUCUCAAAAGGUUUUAAGCUUGAAUGUUUGAUUUCCUGUAUUUUACGACAAGGGGAAAUACACCUUCCAAUGAGACCAAAUUAGAAGAAACAUCUUAAGAUUGAAGAUUGCUUUAACAUGUAUUUAAACUUCUUAUCUUUUCAUUGUUUUGUUACAUACUUUUAAGAAAGGGGGCAUGUCAAUUCUGAGUGUUUCUGUGCCUGACUUCUGCAAAACAGAAACACAAGUCUGAAUGUGUUGUGUUUUUAGAGAGAGAGUUAUAUUUCAGUAGAAAGUGGUUUGGGUGAAGUCUUCCUUUUUUUUUUGUUUUAGUUUUUUUCAAAAAAAUUUUUUUGCUUAGUUACUCAAUUUUUUCUUCAGUUUUUUUUUACGUAGGUUAUAGCAAUAUUACGAAAGUUUAAAAAAAAAAGUUAUUUUGCUAACUUUGGGGCUUGUUUUUUUCUGUUCCAGAGGUCACCAUGCUCAUGUUUUCUCACAGUGAUUUUAGAAGAUGUAUUGAUCAGACAGUAUCCCUUUUGGAGGCUGCAGAGAACUGGUUCCAGGUCAGAUCGCAGGGUUCCAGACUCUUGGGUGUUUUAUGGAACCCUCUUUUUGUUUCUGGAAGAACCCAUGGUUACAGGCGGAACUGGCAAAAGCAAUGAAUUCAAUGAGAAACGUUUCCACUGGAAGUCUUUCUCAGGGUCUUCAGUUAGUUUGUCAUUGGGUUCAUGAAGUUUCUUUUCAUAUUCUAAAUGUAGCUUAGUUGUAAUAGUUAUGGGUGGGACUAAAUUAAGCCAAACAGUGUUUUUGUUGCUGUUUUUAAUUGAAGCCGUCAGUGCUUGUGUUCUGUCAAGUUUAUCUUGCUGCGAUUUAUUCGGUUCAGGGACUGUAUUCAUAAAAUUAAGGAAUGUUGUGUUUUUUCUUUAAAAAAAUGUAAUUAACUAAAUCAAAUUUGCAGUUCAUGAAACUUUUUCUCUUCCUGUUUGAUAGAGGGUGAGAAAGUAGUGAAGCACUGUUUAUCCCCUUCUGUUUUUAUUUAUUUCAUUUUUAGAAUUUUUUUAAAACAGUUUGUGUGAACUCUAAGGAGUUUGAAAAGUUGCCUUGCCAAAAUUAAAAAAAAACAAAACAAAAACAAACAUGCAUUAUAAAAUAGAUUCAUAGAUAGGAAACUUGACACAGUAUAAUAUUCUACACGCAGUUACUGAAGGGGUUAUUCUAAGAGAGGCAGUGUGGUCCAGUGGUUAAAGAAAAGGGCUUGUAACCAGGAGGUCCCCGGUUCAAAUCCCACCUCAGCCACUGACUCAUUGUGUGACCCUGAGCAAGUCACUUAACCUCCUUGUGCUCCGUCUUUCGGGUGAGACGUAGUUGUAAGUGACUCUGCAGCUGAUGCAUAGUUCACACACCCUAGUCUCUGCAAGUCGCCUUGGAUAAAGGUGUCUGCUAAAUAAACAAAUAAUAAUAAAGAGAGAGUGUUUUAAAUAACAGUCCUUAAAAAAACUAUUCCUUAUAACAGUCCUUAGAUUUUCAUGAAUAUGGUCCCUCGAGUAGCCGUGUGGCCAGCCAGAGCACAGACUCCUUUAACAUGAUCACAGAACCCUUGUCAUGUUCAGCAAGCAGGACUCCAAGCACUUACACUGAUGGUUUUAAUUAUCAUAUAAACAGUUGCUGAAAUAAAUCUGGAUUCUAGGAAAGGAUUUUGUGAUCCCUUCGUCUGAUUUUAGUGCUGCACGAUUCUAAAAGACAUCAUUAUAUUUUGUAUGGAAGCGAUUGGGCUUUUUUGACAAGACGAUCGAUUGGCGAGGCUGUAACAGGUUUACAUGGGCUUUUUAAACGCCUCCUUAGCAAAAGGAAUACUGUGUGUUUAUUAUUUAACAUUCAUCCAAAUCUUUACUGCCUGUACCAAAAAAAAAAAAAAAUGUAAAA